AUGCCCUCGGAAGGGAGAUGUAUGAGAGAGGAGACCAGGGCUUUGAGAGGGGCGCGCGUAAGGCUGAUCAGAUGUGAUGCGUCUUACGUUGCGGAGAACCCAGUGGUGGGGUCGCACCUCAGCGGCAGCAGCAAUCUUGGGAGCUAUUCUGUCGUGCCUGCAACACCUCAGCCCAGCUGUCAAGCAUCCCUGCGUGGCUUCCGAGUCGAGGGUCGCAGGUCUCUGGUGAAGAUGUGGGCCCACAAUCGCUUGGUUCUGUUCCUGCUCACCAUCUGUGUCAUGCUGCUGCUGUGCUAUUACCUGGGUUUCCAUUCUGUGUCUGAAAGCAAACAAAUUCUGUGGAGCAAUGAAAAUCCUAAUGGAAAAUCUCUGGAAAAAUCUUCUGCAUGGGGAACUCUAUCAAGUUUCUUCUUUCCAACGACAUGCAUUGUAAAGGAGAAUCAGGAGGUGACAGCUUGCAAUAAUCUGCAAAAUCUUAACAAGAGUGCAUGUUUGAAAUAUAAGUGCUGUUAUUCAUCAUCUGGGACCAAGAACUUUAGGUGUUUUUCCCCUUUAAGCAAUAAGCCUUUGCAGAUGUUCCGGAUGUUUGGGUUUGGUGUAUUCUGCAUGAUCAUCCUGGGAUGUCUGCCAAUUUAUUGCUUUUAUCUUUGCUGGAGAAGGUAG